GAAGCUGGACAUUUUAUCAGACAUGCUGCUUCAUGCUCCGGAGAAGACGUCCUUCCUCUUCUCUGCGCCCUCGCCGCCCUCUCCGGGGAGCCGCCGCGGCGGAGGCGGAACGGAGCGCACGGCGGCAGCGCCGGGAGCGGCUGCAGAGGGCACGGCCGGAGGGACCGGGGGUCGGCUCAGCCCUGCCCCGCGCGUGGGGAGCGAAGCCGCAGCCGCGGACACCCCGCGACGCGCGCAGCCCGGGCUCCUGGGAGCCGAAGCGGUCGCCUCCCCGGCAGGUUUCCUGUUCCUUUCCGAAGUUUGCUCUCCAACACCUUUGCUCCUCCUCCUGCGUCCUCCUGGCCCCCUCCCUUCUCUGCGCCCCGCCGCCGCCGGCCGGGCCACCGGGACGCAGGGGGUGGCCGCCGAGCCUCCUGGUGCCCUCGGGGGAAUUUUUGGACCAGGUGGUGGUGCCCAUUGGGCGCAGGGGAGGAGAGGCGCCUGGGGAGGAGGGAGUGGGAGGCCAAUCAGGGAGCAACGGCCGGGGGCGGAGCUGGGCCGGGGCGGGGCGACUCCGGGGAGGCCGGGCCACCCGGGAAGCCGCGCGGCGGCCGCUUCGGCGGGCGGGCCGCCGGGAGGCGCUGGAGGGGUGGCGGGGGCCCCGAGCCCGAGAGGCCGCGCGGGAUAGCGCCCCGGGGAGGCUAAACCUGGGGUGCGGCAGUCCCCGCUGGGGAGGUGAAGGAUGGCGGGCGGACACGCUUUCCCGCAGCUUGAAGGAGGCAGUGAGGACACAACCUAUCUGUGGGCAACAUAUUACAAUACAAGUAGGUGAUUGUUUGUGCUAAUGGCUAAUGAACAGGUAAGAACUUCAUGCCAAGUACCCAAAUCCAAUGGCUUUCUUCCUUCUAACCUCAGCCCUACACCCACUGCCCGCUGAGGAUUGGAUCAGGUCACAUUUCUGUGUUGGCAUGACCAGAACAGUCAACUAACCCUCAAAGGCUCCUUAAAAUGGUUUUCCCAGCCUUAGCUAUAUGGAAACUCUGUCCUUACAUUUGCUCAGCUCAGAAACCUUGGAAUCUUUUUUUAUUUAUUUUGUUUUUCAAUUACAGUUUACAUUCAAUAUUAUUUUGUAUUAAUUUCAGGUGUACAGCAUAGUGGUGACACCAUCAUAUAC